AAGUUUUUACCCUCGUCCUUACGUUUCUGUGGUUUAGUUCAGCGGUGGUGAGCAUAACAAUAUCUACAAUUUGAACUCAUUGAAUUCAAAAUUAGGGUUUGUUUUUGGUUUGGUUUUUAAUAUAGCACUUUCGCUUUCCCCGCUAGCUGGUUUUAACUCCGUGCAAAACAAUGUGGAGCAUCCUUGAAAUCAAAAUCUGGGUCAUGUUUGACUUCAUAAAAAUGGUUUAUAUGCUAUGAUAGAGAAACCCAUAAAUUUUACUGCAAUAAUAAUAAUAAUUUGAAUUGCUAUUAAUCAAAAUUAGGGUUUGUUUUCGGUUUGCUUUUUAAUAUAGCACUUUCACUUUCCUCAGUAAUGACAUUAGUCAGGAACAAUAGCCAACAGAAGCACAUAAAAGGAGCAUCUACCUAGAGAAAAAAAACAAAGGCUAAAAAGAAUUGCAUUAGAUACAAAGAUGCAAUCUAUGUGUUAUAGUUUAGCAAUGAGAUGGCGAAACUGUACAACUAGAAACAAUGAUACGUGUUAAAACCUUGCUCAGAUUGUUCCCGGUUGUGCCAUGUUGCACCAAGAAUCAGAAACAAUGUACUUGUAAACUUCCAAAAGCAGGUCUCAGAAAUGGCAAGAACAUCUUAAAACUCUUAGAAACGAUAUUAAAAAUAUUGGAAACUCCUAGAUUCAGCAUUAGAAACUUGGAAUGCUCCAGAAAGCUAGAGUCCAGCAUAGGGAAAUCCUGAUAAAUGAAUAAAUUGUAACAAAUGUUUUGAAAUUUGCUGGAUAGAAGUUAACAAUGUGUAGGAUAAAUUCAAUGCUUGUAACAUAUUGUUGGCCAUACGUAUGAGUGAGAUGACAAAGAUUCUUAGCUAUGUCGAUUCAAUUUGAUAACAUAGGAAAUGGCCUCCAACUAGCUACAACAAAAGGAGACUACUUUCACAACUAGAAACAAUAUGUGUUAUAGUUUAGAAAUGAGAUGGUGAAACUGUACAACUAGAAACAAUGAUACGUGUUAAAACCUUGCUCAGAUUGUUCCCGAUUGUGCCAUGUUGCACCAAGAAUCAGAAACAAUGUACUUGUAAACUUCCAAAAGCAGGUCUCAGAAAUGGCAAGAACAUCUUAAAACUCUUAGAAACGAUAUUAAAAAUAUUGGAAACUCCUAGAUUCGACAUUAGAAACUUGGAAUGCUCUAAAAAGCUAGAGUCCAGCAUAGGGAAAUCCUAAUAAAUGAAUAAAUUGUAACAAAUGUUUUGAAAUUUGCUGGAUAAAAGUUAACAAUGUGUAGGAUAAAUUCAAUGCUUGUAACAUAAUGUUGGCCAUACGUAUGAGUGAGAUGACAAAGAUGCUUAGCUAUGUCGAUUCAAUUUGAUAACAUAGGAAAUGGCCUCCAACUAGCUACAGUAAAAGGAGACUACUUUAACAACGUGCCAUGUCUCUUCAUUAAUAAGGGGUAGUGUUUGCCUAGUAUCUCAGAGAAAAAAGGAAAGUUGGAGUUAUGUAGUUAUUCUGUAAAAAUCCUCAAAAUAUCCCCAUAUGAGUUUCAAUCUAAACCUCAUGGUUACAUGAUGGAGGCAAUACACAAUUCAAUUUACAUUUUCCUCUUCUGCAUCCAAAUUUUCAGUCAAAAAACAAACUUUCAAUAAAAAAAUUUCAAUAUUUUGUAGACUUCUGAACUCAUCCAUGAUUGCCAGUUGCUUAAACUAAAAUUUCCCCUCAUCCAAAUACAUGAGUGGAAAGGUUAUUCACUCUCCCUCAAUGUGAUGCAGAAAAUCUGCAUGCCCUAGUUUAAAAGCAUUAGUGUUUCCAAAACAGAGCUCCAAGUUCAGAUAGACAAACCCAUAACUUUCACUGCAAUAAUAAUAAUAAUUUGAAUUGCUAUUAAAGUCACAGAUAAAUACACAGAAUUGUACUGUUUGAGACGUAAGGAAUGACUAGUCUACUAAAUCUUCCUAAGACUAGCAUGCAGUCUAAUUUCCUCUUUAGCAUAUUGUUUUCCAUAGCCAUUGGUUGUAAAAUUUUGCAUGGCAAAAUCAGUAUGGCAUGUCUAAAAACAACAAUAUGUCCACCAUUGAGAUAGCUACCGGAAAUAAAACUCUCCCAUCCAUUUCUGGGAUUUGCAAGGCCAUUGCUAACACACAGUUUCUGGGCCACAAGCGGCCAUUUACUACGAUGGCAAGGAUAUAUGUGCAGUUUCCAUCAUGCAUUCCACUUGCAACCUUCCAUGGGAUUUCCUGCAACAAAUAAUUAAUUUUCCACUAACAAAAAAAUUGGCAGUUCUUUUAACUGAUGAAAAAGAAAUGUUCCUAUUUAAGCACAGAUUUUAUAAAAAAACUAGAGAUAUGUUUUGCGGUGUUCAUUCCUAAUGUGCAUUGCAUUGCUUGUUUGAUAUUACAUAUUGCCUUGUGUACUUUAAUGGCAAUUAGACAAGAAAAUAACUCUCACUCUCAUGCACAACAACUCUUUGCUCAUGCAAGCUUCACUGUUCAAAUACAUCUUCUUGGAGACUAAUUUCUGUUGUUAAUCCUACCUUGUUCCAGAUGAAGGGGCAAUGUUAGAAACAUUAAAGCAAAAGAAAAUAGGCCUAGAAUUCAAAAGACACAUUAGCCAUUUAUAACAUGACUAACAGGAACCGAGUCUGUACAUACCCACCCAAUUUAGCAUCUAAACUAAAACUGGCAAGUGAAUCAGUAUCAUAAUGUGAAACACAAAAGGCUCAAUUUGCUCUGCAGAUUCAUCAAAAGUUUCAAACGAAAAGGGUAGGUAGUUAAAUGGGUGUGCCCCUCUGUAGGAUGUCUCAAUGCCAAACGUUGUGUACUAAAUUUGUAAAUAGGCUCAGCAUUCAAAACACAGAUUAGCCCUUUAUGGCAUCACUAACAGCAAUCGAGUCUGCACAUACCCACCCAAUUUAGUGCCUAAACUAAGAACUGACAAGUAAAUCAGUAUCAAAAUGUGAAACAAAAGUUUCACAUCAACCCCCAACAAUUAGUGUAACAUUGGACAAAAAAAACAUAUCGUUGAAUCAUUGACUUUCACCAUUGUCAUGUCUGCGGAAUUUAUACAUUUUACCAAGUACACAACAUAUUGUAUUUGAGAAAUUAUUUUCUUGUAGUUGAGAUGUUAUUCUGCAAUGUUUGUUCAAAUGGAUCCCAUCGAGUGACUCUAUUCCUCUUCUAAUGCACUGCCUUAUAUUUCUUUUUCUGUUCUGCAAUUGAGGAACAUAUCUGGUUUAACCCCUUCAAAUCCUGCAUUCUUUUGCGCUUUGGCCCUUGCAAAACUUGUAAUAUGUGAAUGGUUGUCAGAAAUACAGACAGGUGCCAGAUUUCAUUUGUAGAGUUUCCUGUGAUUAGAAAAGUACUUGAUUCUAGGAACCAUUUGUUGCAUCUAUGUGCCAAUUGUUUAUGGUCGAUUGCAGUAAGAGAGCCAAACUAGAUUCAUUGCUCCAAUAGCUGUAACUACAUAUUAUAUACAACUGAACCUAAAUAUCAAACAUCUAUGCAUAUAUAAGUAAUUAGAAAUUUACUUGAGUCUAGGAGGCAUUUGUUGUAUCUAUAUGCAACACUUGUUUUACCGUUGAUUGGAGCGAUUUUUUGUUUUUAGUUUUUCUAAAACUCUUUAAAUGCAGAGGGGGGUGUUCAAAGUGUUCUUGAUAAGUAGUUGUCUUCUAACUCUACAUAUACAUUGGUGAUUCUAACUUUAAAUUUUCAUUGCGAUUUGGUUCGACUGAAGAUUUGCUCUUGGCCCCAAGUGCAAUAUGAGUUGUGCUUAUCGUUAAAAUACAUUCACUUAUGUUUAUUGUUGUGACAUAGACUUACUGUUUCUCCAUACAAAACCCCAUUCCUCAUCUCUCGAGAACAGUUACCAUUAUGUCGUCUCUGACAGCCCCUCCUGAUGCCUCUGAACAACCUUCUGCAAAAACUUCAGUGAGCUUAUUUAUUCAUAUGUUUUCUCAUAUUCAUCUUAUUCACAAACAUUAUAUCUCUAUUUGUUAUUUUCUUUUGCAAAGCAUUCUCAUCCAUCAAUGCAAGUGCAUAUACCAACAUAUGUCACUGUUUCAAGUACUUUUUUAGAUCUGUUUAUGUAUUUAUAUAUAUAAAUAAAUUGAUAGAGGUGUUCUCUGCAUUGUCCUUGUGCAUUUGCAUGUCUGAAUACAUCAAUCUAGAAUCUGUCCAUGCACACAAAAUAACAUCUAUAAAGAGAAGCACACAUAGAUAGUAAUACAAAUUGGAAGCUCCAAAAAAAAAAAAAGAGGCUGCCAUACCCAUGCCUAUGCAUACGAAUGUACAUGACCUUGUGUAUCUAUUUGGUUGUCUUCUAUUAUCCUUGUAGGAAGUGGAACCACAAUUACAAUUGACCCCACAUACAAUCCUCUGUAUCAAUGCUGGGGAUGAUGUCCCCUCUCCAGUGCUUCAGCUUUUGUCUUUUGAAAAAUUGACAGUCGAUGAAGAAGAUAGUGCCUAAUUUAGGGUUGUUUUGUCUGAUGACACGCACAUGCAAUUGGCGAUCCUCCCACCUACGUACAGUGAUUUGCUGCUUUCAGAGACAUUAAAGAUAGGCUCUAUCCUAUCAUUGACAGCUUAUGCUUGUAGAAAUAUUUGGAACUCGAGGUAGGGCCCUCUAUAUGUUCUGCUGAUUUGUUCUUGGCUUUUCAAAUCUCCCUUUGCACACUAUCCAGAUUAUUCAACCUCUUGUUUUGUUCGUUUUACAGGACUAUAGUAAUAUUCAGCCUUGCUGUCAAAUUUACAAAUUCUCCAUUGCUUGGAAAACCUAGAUACCUAUUUAAAGAGCAAGAACAACAAAUGUUGGGUCGAGACACACCUCCCACAACUAAACAUUCCCUUAAAUUUGGAAUACACCUCCCACCCGUGCAACAUGAAUCUUCUGUUAAUAUCAGCCUGAUUAAAGCCUUGAACCCCUAUCAAAAUAAAUGGACGAUAAAGGGGCAUAUGACAAACAAGAGGAAGAUGCAUCAGUAUAGUACACCAAAGUCCACUGGCCAAGUCUUUAGCUUUGACAUGAUAGAUGAUGAAGGUACUGAAAUUAGAAUAACUUGCUUUGGCGAUGUAGCAGAGAUGCAUUAUCAUAGGGUUGAAGCAGGAACAUAUUAUACUGUAUCAAAAGGUUGCAUUAAAGAAGCUGACACAAAAUGGAAUAAGCUUAACAGUCAUCUUGAGAUAACUUUGGACAAUAAUUCAAUAUUGAAGCAUUGUGAUGCUGUUGUUGAUAGCAAAGGAAACAAUUCUCAAUUCACACCGAUCAAUGAAAUUACAUACUGGACCAACAACACUUUAGUUGAUGUUAUUGGUAUUGUAGUUGUUGUUGGAGAACCCUCAUUAAUUCGCAGAAAAGAUGGAAGCGAAGUAACAAAGAGAACUGUCAAAAUAAAUGAUGUCUCAACUUUUAUUGUUGAUGUUAACUUAUGGGGAGCAACAUGGUAAGGGGUAGGUGAAGAUUUGAAGAACAUGCAUGCAACCCAAACAACUGUUGUCCUUGCAGUCAGAAAUGCUCGUGCUGGUUAUUUCAAUGGAAAGUUGAUCAACACAACCACAACAACAAUUGUAAAUAUAAACCCUUCUAUCCCUGAAACAGAGACACUUAUGUCAAGAGGAAAGAUUCCAAAUGACCUUUUACCACUGUCAUGUGUUGCUGGACAACUUAACUCACAAUAUAGUAGGAUGACAAUCAUAUCUGUUUUAGAACGUACAAGUGUUCUCUCUGAAACAAUUGAAACUACUAUUAGGGUUGUUGUGAGAAUCAUUAAAACUGAUUCUUUUUGCUAUCCAGCCCGCCCUUUGAAAAUUAAUGGCAAAGAGUGUAAAAAGAAAUGCAUCCAGCAAAAUGAUAAUGUAUGGUUUUGUUCAAGAUGUCAAACUCAUGCCAGAAUGCAAUUACAAAUACUUAUUGCAGAUGAAGCUCCAAGAUCAUACAGGCACUCUUUGGGCUACUGCCUUUGAUGAGGUUGGCACAAAUCUACUGCAAAUAUCUGCCAAGGACCUUUACAUGCUGCAGUACGAUUUGACUAUAGAGAAAACAUCUCAGACCAUUAUCAAGGAUAUCCUUUUAUCUUGCUUUGUUUUCACACUCUCUGUUACAACAGACAUGUACAAUUCAGAGCCCAGGCUCAAAGCAACAAUUACCAAAGUUGCGAAAAUUGAUUUCCAAGCUGAAUGUACUCUUCUGAUUGCAGACAUUGCUCGGAUGAGUGCAGCUACACAGUUCAAGACCAAUUAGAUAGUGAUGCUUUUCAUGGGUCUUUUGAUCUUCAUAGAAUAUAUAGCUUGUUAUUGGUUUUUGGUGGUAAUCAACAAACAUAACUAAACUAUUGAUGGUUAUGUAUUUCAGCACUAUCUAAACUCGUGUUUUCCUUGGCUGUCCAAAACUUUUGGUUUUUGACAUUGCUUUUGUUGUAAAAUUCUCCAAAAGUUGCUUCUACUUCAAGUUGUCCAUGUUUGCCAAAAUUGUUGAUUUUACCUGGUCAAUCCAAUUCUUGUUUUGUUCUGCCAUGCUUCCAUGCAUCUAAAAUAUAUCGAAUGCAAUUUUGCUUCUUUGCAACUUCUUGUCUUGUAUCCUUUUGUACCUUUUCCUGUUGUGUUAUUAUUGAACAUCCAUGUUUUCCAAAUAUUCUUAAUUUGUAUAUCUUUAUUUAUACUAUGCUGUAAAAACAUAAUAAGAAAGAAACCAUACAGAUUACACAUUGGGGCAAAUAUUAAAACAACAACCAAUAGCUUCAAUCUAUGUUGUUUUAAUAAAUUUCCUGACCUCGAAAUCAUGAUUUCUAAAUUGUGUUAUUCCACCACACUAUCUCUGCCCAAUUCAAAUUAUAAUCUGCAAUGUCAAUGACUUGUACAAUGUUGUUUAUGUUUACUGUUAUUUAAUAUUCAAAGCAUUUGGUUGACCUGUCUGUUUUUUUUAUUGUAAUAUUUUGAAUCCUUUUAGAUAUGUUCUAAUGCUUGGCCCAGACACACUUCUGCUUCUCAUUAUUGUUGAACUAUAAAUUCAAAUGGAUAUUUUGAGCAUCCUUGCCAAUUGACAUAUAGUUAAAAUUUAGAUUCAUUGGCCUUUUCCUCUUUUGAAAACAAUAGGUUUCAUAUUCUUCUUUGUAUUCAUUCAAUUUAUGCAAAUGUCUGUUGCCUUAUUUGUUCUCUCCAGCGUCUACUGGUAUGCAUAAACAUAUACAUCUCCAUUUAUGUAUCACGAUAUAAAAAGAUACAUAUAAAUUGCUAUAUACAUUUACAUAUAUUUCCAUACACAUACAUGCAUACGUAUGGUCCUGCACAACUGCAUACUCGCAUACAUACAACCACAUAUUCACUUGUAUACAUGUACAUGCAAAGGAAGGCAUUCACAAUAGAUAUAUAUGCACAUCAAUAAUCUUAUAUAUCUUGAAAGUUGUGUGUCUGCAUAUGUAAGUAAAUCUCUGUGUAACAUAUUUUUUAUCUGCAUGCAUGUAUCAAUGCAUAAAUGAUUAUAUGUAUGUGUUUGUGCUUCUGUAUAGAAAUACGUACACAUGUAUGUGUAUAUCAUGGAAAUUGGUAUAUACAUUUAUAAAAAAAUCCAUACACAUACAUGCAUACAUAUAUUUUUACAUAGCUACAAACUUCCACGCACCUAUAAACAUGUACAUACAAAGGCAAGCACUCACGGUAGAUAUAUAUGCACAUGCACAACAUUGUAUAUCUUGAAAGUUGUGUGCCUACAUAUGUAAGUAAACUUGUCUCUAUCCAUAUUCUUUUAUGUGCAUGCAUUCCUCAAUGCAUGUAGAGUUAUAUGUAUGGGUAUGUGCUUAAAUUUUGUGCAAAAAUAUUUAACAUAUGCAAUUCACAGAUUGCAUCAAACAGAAGUUUCAAAUAAAACUACAUAGAUUAGAACAUAGACACUAUUUUUAACAGUUGUUUCUUGCACACUAAGAAUCUUAUAUGCUCUGUUCAUUUAAAUUGUCUAAAAUAUUAAUGCAAACCACAAUGCAAGAAUGCAAUCUUAGGAAAGCAAAAAAGAGAGAACAAAAUUGUCGCUAUUAUGCAGAACAUAGAGAAGAAAUAUCUAAAAAGCGUCGCCUGGAGUGAAUGAAACACAAAAUGCUCUUACCUGUGCCUGUGCCUGCACCAUGCAACCCCCCACAGAUGAUGGAUUCAGAUUCACUUAUUCUAAAUCAGAACCUUCCUUUAUCAUGUGACCAGACCAACAUUGUAUCGCAACAAAUACAACAACCUUCCUUGAAUAGUGGCAAACUACAAGAGAAACAUCCAGCACAAAAUAGGCAACCUCUAUACCAUCAGACAAUAUUACAGACUACAACAACACAACAAUGCACAACAAAUUAUUUAUCUUCUAUAGAGUACAUUCAAACAUUGCAAACCUUCCGCCAUCGCAUUGAUUCAUUGUCCAUGCUUCAAACAUGUACUAUUUGUAAGGAAAGAUCUAUUGGAAUAGUAAUAGGUAGGAACCAAUAGCAUAUUAUCUGUUCCGGAUGCUUUUCUGAAAAUGGCGUUCAUCGUUUCUCUUUGGCAAAUAACUUAGACCCAGGCGAGCAACCCGUUGUGUUAAAAAAACUUACCCAAGUAGAGGAGAUGCUUAUAGCUAGGGUUGCUCUUGUUUUGCAAGUUAGACAUGCAAGAGGUGGCCAAUACAAAUACACUGGUCACACUAUAAGUUUUCCCCAAGAUAUUUCAGAAAUAGCAAAGCUUUUGCCAUGAAAACUAAAAGACCUUGAAGUUCUUAUUGUCCAUCGAAGUAAUAUACAAGGCAAAAAAUAUGAUUGUUAUGUAAAUAAAUUCCAUGUUAUGGAUGCAUUGAGCUAUAAAAUUCAACAUGACCAGUACUAUAAUGAUGUUGUCAUAGACUUUGAUGCUGUCAACUUGCUUCCUGAUACUACAACAGAUAUAUCAAAUAUGCUGCACUCUUUAGAAGAAGAUACUGAUGUGACAGUUAUUCCACCAACAGAAGACCUUCUUGACAAUUGCAAUGAAUAUGAUGCAGAAAUUUCAUCAUCUUUUAUUCCAAAACUACUUGCUCCAACCCGUGAACUAGAUACAAUUAAGAGAACCUUGUAGUUAGAUGUUGAUACUAAUAAUAAUGUGCCUUGGCCUGAAAUAAACUUGUCUCCGAUAAAUGAAUAUAAUACAAUAGGCUUGUUAAGCAUGGCAUUCCCAAUGCUUUUCCCAUUUGGAGUUGCACUUCCACUUCAGCCACAUAUCAAACAUGUUCAUUUACAUGAAUAUGCUCUCCACUUAAUGAGAUAUGCUAAUCAAAGAUUUGGACAACAUGUUAGAUUUCGAUAUUACAUUUACAAUCUAAUUAUGAGACAUCGUUUGCAACAAUCUGCAGCUAUCUUCAUUAGAACUAAUUUGGGAGAACCUAUCCCAACCACUAUGGAAGCGCUGCAUGAACGCUUGCAAAACACUCUUGAUGAUCAGUUGCCAAAUCAAUUGUUGCGAUUUGGUGCAACACUUCGAGGCACUCGUGCAUAUUGGAGUAAAUCUAGAAAAGAGCUUACUGCAAUGAUCUUCCAAUUGGGGAUCCCAACAUUGUUCUUUACAUUGACCUCAACUGAUACUAAAUGGCCUAAUUUGCAUAGGCUUUUCUCUGGAAAUGAUGGCCAAAACACACAGUUUACAAGAAAACAACUUAUAGACCAUGUGAUUUGCAAUCCACAUAUAACAUCAUUAUACCUUCACAAUAGAUUUACAAUAUUUCGUCAAGAAGUUAUUCAAAAGUUGUUCCAAGCAAAGGAUCAUUGGUAUAGGUAUGAAUGGCAACACCAUGGCUCAGGGCAUAUUCAUGGCUUCUUAUGGCUCCCUGGAGCACCAAAUAUGGAAACCAUUGAUUGGACAGAUGAUAAUGAGGUCCAAAUGGCAAAAGCUUUCUUUGACAAAUAUGUUUCUGCUUGGAAUCCUCGCAACGCAGCAGACCGGAUGAAUGCAAUACACUACACUACAUUGGAUGAUCCAUGCCUAGCUGAUACAAAAAAAAUCUUCACCAUAGACCCUGCAUUGGAUUAUGACGCAUUACUUAAUACUUUACAGAGACACACAAAAUGCACAGAACAUACAUGCCUCAAGAAAAAGGGUCCCACAUUUGAAUGUCGUUACAAAGCUCCAUGGGUUCAACAAGAGAUGUCUACGUUGACAGUUGACAAUGACAACAACCCAUGCUAUAAACCUACAAGAAAUGAUGAUCGUUUGAAUAUUCAUAAUCCUUGGAUGCUUUCACUAUGGAGAGCUAAUAUUGAUUGUCAACCAGUCACUUCAAAAAAAGUUGUCCUCCAAUACAUUUCAAAGUAUGCUUCCAAAUCAGAAAACAAAUCGCAAUCCUAUAUUGAAAUGCUAAAAACGAUAGUGAAUACAACUAAAUCUGAAGAUACCAUCUUACUAACAUAUCAGAAAUUUAUGAUGGGCAUGGUAGUAGACCGUGAUAUCAGUGCACAAGAAACUUGCCAUAUGUUACAGAAAUUGCCUCUUUUAAGUUGUAGCCGACAAUUUGUUGGCAGAAAAAUACUGCAUCGUGUCAUAAAAUCAAAUAAUGGAACUGACCUUUCCACAACUUAUGUCCAUGCUUAUAUGCAGCGCCCUUUUGAAAAAUGCAACAAGUCUGCUAGAAUCAGCACAAGGGUUCUCAUAUAAUUCUCAAUGCAAAAAAUCAAAAUGGCACAUCAGGGAUAAAAAAGCAAUUGUGACUGUAUAUCCUCAGUUUAGAGAGCCUCCAGAUGAAGAUACCAAUGAGUUCGAGGUUUUCUGUUGGUUUGAACUGCUGCUAUACAAACCGUUUUGGGACAUCCCAACAGAAGUAGGAACUUCAAAGGAACAAAUUAUAGAAAAUUGGAAAAACUUUAAAAAGACUAAUUACAACUGUUUGCACAAUCAACAAAUUAUAGAUGAUUGCAACCCUCCACAUGAAGAUGUCAGUGACAAUAAUGGUUCUCAACAUCAAGAUGAUACAAAUCUAUAUGAGUGGGAAUUAAUCUCACAAAUGAGAGCUACAAAUAACUUUGCCCAAAAUGAUCUGCAAAUGCUAGGUCGUGGUGAUUACGAUAUUAACUACUUGUGGGGAGCAACUAUUGUGGAUGAUCAAUUAGACUGUACUGCUCUUCAAUUCAUAGCUGCAAGCAAGAUACAAUUCAGACACACUAGCAUGAAAAUCUCAACUUAGGACACACAAAAAAUUCAGCUAUCGCCUAAACAAAAAGUUGCGCUUGACAUUAUUCUACAGCAUCAUAAUAAUCAAUCUACAACAACACCUCUACGAAUGAUUGUUCAAGGCACCACUGGCACUGGUAAAUCAUUUUUAAUUGAUUGCAUUAGGAAACAAUUGAACAUAUCUCUAGCUGUCACGACAAACCCAUUACUUGUUUUAGCACCAACAGGUGUUGCUGCAUUUAAUAUACAAGCAACAACAAUCCAUGCAGGGUUGCGCAUACCUAUAUGAGAAAUGCAUCCUUUGACAGGGCAGUCAUUAAUGACAUUACAAGAACAAUUGAAACAUAUUAAAUAUAUUCUGAUAGACGAAAUGAGCUUUUUAGGCCCAAAAUUACUGCUAAAGAUAGAUAGUCGUUUGCGCCAAGCAUUCCCUAACAAUCAACAUGAAAGCUUUGGUGGGGUGUCCAUAAUUCUUGUAGGGUGAUUUUGCUCAGCUUCCCCUUGUAAUGGAUAAACCUAUAUAUGCAUCACACUCUACAGCCCUUAGUUUAUGGCAUUCUUUUACUAUUGUCGUAACAUUGGACACUAUUUUCCACCAACAAGGUGCAUCUAUAAGACAACAACAAUUUAGAACAAUCCUUCAGAACUUAAGAAAUGCUCAAGCACUGCAACAUGAUUGGUAGUUUCUGAUGUGCCAGAAAAAUGCAACAUUAACUAUUCAACAAAAGAAGGAUUUCAACUCAUCAAUCCAUUUAUUUGCAACAAAUGAAUCUGCACGGUUGCAUAACAGGAAAAUGCUCAAAGAAUUGAAUUUUCCUGUCGCUCUAAGUUUAGCUAAAGUUGGUAAGCAAACAAAUAUUGAAUAUGACAAUGAUGAACAACUACCAUUAGAAGUAUUACUUUCUAUAAAUCAGGUAGUGAUGUUAAUAGCUAAUUUGUGGAUUUAAGUUGGCCUUGUCAAUGGUGCUAUUGGUCUCAUAAAAACAAUUGUAUAUGAAAACAAUACAAAACCACUAGACUUGCCAAAAUAUGUGGCCGUGCAAUUCAAGGAUUAUAAUGGACCUCCAUGGGAUAUAGCUCAUCCAAAAGACAUACCCAUUUUGCCAAUAACACGAGGCAGGCAUACGCAAGUACCUUUGACUAUGUCUUGGGCCAUCACUAUUCACAAAUCUCAAGGACUUACAUUAGACAAAGCUACAAUAGACAUAGGUAAUACUGAAAAGCAAGGACUCACAUUCACAGCUAUUUCAAGAGUGAAGACAAUUGAUGGGAUAUGGAUUGAACCACCAUUCUCUUUUGAAAGGUAUUCCAAACUGCAAAAUAAUGCUUAUACAACCAUUAGAAAGAAAGAGGAAACUCGUUUGCAGCUGCUCUCUACACAAACAAAUAUCUAUUCAACUUAAAAUCUUCUAGUCCAGAACCAUCUUUGUUACAUUCCUCUGCUUUCAACAAGGUAAUUAUAGUUUUACAUGGUCUUAUCUCUUCAAAACAUGUGCAUUCUUAAUCAUCCCUGGUACUAAUUCUUUUGACCUCACUGUUCAUUUUAGAUUGCAUUCAUUCUAAGACAUCCUCCAUGUUGCAUUGAGCACUACAUAUAAGUGUUCCUAUCUAUACAGGCUGCAAUGAUUGUCUAAAGCUAAAUCAGGUAUAACACAACUACAACAUAUUGCCUAUUCACAUCACUCACUGCUCCAACAUAAACAACUAUCUCAGGUAUGGUAUGUAACUUUUAUUGCUUCAAAUAUACUUUGUUAACAAAUUUUUAUGCUCCAACAUUACUUUAUGUCACUUUUAUCUAACUUGCCCCUUUGUAAGAUAGUUACAAUACAUUGCCUGUCCACUUCACUCAUUGUCAAUCAACCGUUCAAUGUAGUUUUCUCCUGCACAAUGCAGGUAUACAUACCUAUUAAACAUACAAAGUUUACAUGUAAUUCUUUUUAUGUGGCCAUGUAAUUCUUUGAAGACAUAUUCAAUGUUCACUUCAACAUUUCUUUUCAGUUUCUCUAUAUACAUUAAUACCUAGUACAAAAAAUACGGAGAAAUAUGCAAAAAAAAAAUUACAAACCCUUUCCAAUAGCUUUUUACAACAUCAAUUAUUCACUGCUCGAACAUAUACAACUAUCACAGGUAUAAUAUUUUACUUUUAUUCCUUCAAAUAUACUCUGUUCAUGAUUUUCUAUGCUCCAAAACUACUUUUACCCUGUUAUCUGUCAUUUGUUUUGAGGUUACUGAAACAUAUGUUUUUUAAAUGUACCCUUGGUACAUAUUAAAUCAUAGAGGCCUAGUUUCAUGUUCUCGUUCUCACUUUUGAACUUAUCAUUGGUUGUAGCUGAAAUGUGUUGUCAAUAUAAAUUAUACAAAGUUAUACACAAAAAAAUCAGUAAUAUGCUUAGUUUGUUCUUUUUGUCUACAAAACAUGUCUUCCUCAACCCUCAAUUAACUUUGUAACUCUUUUGACACUAAAAUGAAUAUAUUUCUAAUCAAUUUUAAACUUUAUACUAAUCAAACAUUUGUGAUACAAUCUAAUUUGAAACAUCAUCGUGGUUGUGCUGCUGCUCCAACAUUAUACAUCUAUGCGAACUUUAAGAGCUUUUAUUAAUGCCAUUGUUAGAGGAACUGUGUAUUAUACUUGUGAUAAGUUUUGUUACAAAAGUGUCUGUUACAUUCAAAACUCAUUGCUCCAACAUAAACAACUAUCUCAGCUACAAUACAUUGCCUCUCCACUGUACUCAUUGUCAAUCAACUGUUCAAUGCACAUU